UUGUAGUUUUUGCAACUUUUUGGUUCGUUUCAGUUGCAUGUCCGUCAAAAAAAUAGUUCGAAAUGUUCGUUAAGUGCAUUAUUCCAUUAAUUGUUUUAUACAUUUUAAGUGUGUGUAGUCAAAGAAUCACUAUAGACCCGAAAAGAAUUCAAGAAACUAUUAGAAGUAUUCAAACUGAAACACUGGAGCUCGUUGAAAAAUGGUCAAAAGAAAUCGGCGAAACACUGAUAAAUUUGAGCCUUACCAUGACAAGAGAAGACAAAGUUAGAAAGAGUUUCCAAGGCCUAGAAAAUCAUUUAUAUACAAUUAAUGGUGACUGGUUGGCAGAAACAGUGGUAGCAAGUAAAAUCCGAUCAUUUAUGACAAAUAAAAACGAUGCGGUGAAGAAAAUUGCUGACUAUGCAGAAUUCCUGUCAUACCAUAGAAUAGAUGACGGGAAAUAUCUAAAGAAGGUACUUAAUAAAUAUUUAUUUUAUGACACAGACGAGAUUAAAUCAACAGAAAAGAAUUAUACAAGAAUCCAGGAAAUUAUUGAAGACGUGUUUUUGAUGGAAUGCCACUGGUGGUGUCACCAGCAACACCUGAAAGACUUGAGUAACAAUAUGUUCACCAAAGAAAGACUGAAAGACCUUUUCGGUAAACGUACGACGUACGAGAACGAAGAGUUUUCUUGCGACUGUGACAACUUGAUGGAACCAUUACGCUCCAACGAGUCAUACUAUAAUUUACCGAUGAACAAAGAUGUCAGAUUUGAUGACAAAGUCAAUUUGAACGUUAGCGUUAUUAAGAUAGCCACAAAUAUUUACGAGAGAGAUAAGACUGUUUUGGAAGGUAUUCGAUGGUCGGAGCCAUUAGAUUUGGUUUUUAAACAAAACUUCCUCAAGGAUCCAGAACUGGUAUGGCAAUAUUUCGCAAGUCCUUUAGGAUUUAUGAGACAUUAUCCAGCAAUUAAAUGGUCCCAAGAACGUUACCAUCAGACCUACGAUUUUCGUACCAGAUCAUGGUUUACCGAAGCCAUGACGUCACCAAAAGACAUUAUAAUUUUACUUGAUCGAUCAGGUUCGAUGAAAGGAAAGAAGAGAGCUUUGUCCUUACAAAUCGUCAACGAUAUUUUGGACACUUUAAACGACAAUGACUUUGUCAAUAUUUUUACUUUCAACAAUUCAACGUUGCCUUUAGUGGACUGUUUCAAUGAUACUCUUUUUCAGGCCAAUGAAGAGAACCUAAGAUUACUCAGAGAGAAUCUACCUGUAUAUGAGAUAGAAUUUGUUGCUAAUAUAACUUUAGGAUUAGAGAAGGCUUUCGAAAUAUUACGCGAUUUUCGAGAAACUAAACGAGGAUCGAAUUGUAAUCAGGCCAUAAUGCUUAUUAGUGAAGGUGUUGAUUACGACUACGAUAUAUCUAUUUUUAAUGAAUCGAAUUGGCAAAAGAAUUUUCCUGUCAGAAUAUUUACAUACCUCGUUAGUACUGACAAAGAUGACGAGAAAGAAAUGGAAUUUAUUGCUUGCUCGAAUAUGGGUUACUAUGUAAACAUGACACUAAAAUCAGAUAUCAGAGAGAAAAUUCUGCAGUAUCUUUUCGUCAUGUCCAGACCCAUAAAUUUUAAGGUUCUGGAGAAGCAAGUACCUAUUUGGAGCUAUUUGUACGUCGACCUAGCCGACAGAAGAUUAUCAAAUUGGCUGUGGACAAAAUUCGAAGGGAUUAGACAAAGAGAAGUGUUUUUAGACCAUUCGAAAAGGAGAGUGGACCGUCUUCAACUGAAAUAUGACAGCCAAAGUCACAUGCUACUACAGGAAUCCCAUGAAUUUGAAAAAUAUGAAGAAAAAAAGGAUUACAAAUAUAUGACAACAGUAUCUCUACCCGUAUAUGGUAGAAAAGACGAUGAGUAUGACCUUAUAGGUGUUGCGGCAUUAGACGUACCUAUUAAACACUUCAGAGCUAGGAUACCACAUGAAUUGAUUGGUGUUAAUGGGUAUGCUUUCAUUAUAACCAACAAUGGAUAUAUUUUAAUGCAUCCCGAACAUCGUACAGAGUUUGAAUAUAUUUUAAAACCUACAUUCAAUAGAGUUGAUAUUCUGGAGACUGAAAUACUUGACGAUGAAAACCAACCAAGGAUAUUUGGAAAAGAAAUUGUAAAACUACGAAAAAUGAUGCUUAAACGGGAAGGUAGAAAUUGUACUUUAAAAAUGAAGUACACUCUAGAUAAUAUGAAACGAAUUAUACGAGCCACUAGGCAUUACCAUUUUACCGAACUUGGACCAUUCACUUUAUGCAUCGUAUUGCCAGACAAAUAUGGAUAUGUGAAGGUGAAUAAAACGGCAGAUAUGCAUAACUUUCAUGACCCUCCUCCAGAAUUUAUCGUUAACAAUAGAAACUGGAAAGUGCACCCCGAAUGGAUAUACUGUAAAAAUUGUCCUUAUGUUAUACAAGAUCCCAUAGAAAAAGUCGUGUACGCUUAUUAUCAUCCUUCUUAUCGAACAGCUCUAUAUAAUAACUUAAUGUACGAUGUCAAAAAAUUACAUUGGUUUGAUGAUUCCAUGCCCAAAAUAAGAAACUCCGAAGACAAAUAUCUGACGCCAAAGCACGUCCAUAAAGUAUUCGUGUCUACUAGUUCUGGAUUAACAAGAUGGAAAAUUCUUAAUUUUGAUAUUUAUCAAGGAUCGUAUGAAGAAGCUGAAGAAAUCAGUGGCGGUGCUACUGAUGAAGACUGGUACCAAAGAGCUGUUGAAGAAAAUUACGACGAUGAAGAUAUGUUUAUUUUUUCCGUUCCUUUUGAAAUAUCCGGAUACGAAAACAAUACCAUGAUACAGGCAACAAAAGCAAUUUUUGUUGAAAAAGGUCACUUGAAGACACCAGUUGCUGUAGUGGGUCUGGAAUUUAAUCAUCAAGCCAUGUAUAAACUGUAUAGCAGAAUUACUACUAAGUGGAGCAAGGGAACUGGUAGUAGAAAGAUCACUUGCGAAUCGGAUUAUCUGAAUUGUUUUAUAUUAGAUAACAACGCGUAUAUUUUGCUAAGUGACGAAAUUGAAUAUACUGGGCGAUUUAUUGGAGAUAUAAGACCUGAUAUAAUGUACUACUUAAUAAAGGAAAAUGUAUUUAAACCUACCAGAAUGUUUGAUUAUCAAGCAACAUGCCAAUUAGAACCUCCAGAACCGGCAACAUCUGAUGAUAGAAAAUGUCCGAAAAAGAAGAACAGCUCUGCCAGACAGACAAAUUUGUUUAGAAUGAUUUUAACAAAUGUGUUUAGCGUUUUCAAGUGGAUCGUUUACACCAUAAUUUACUUAGUUCAAUCAGUAAUACUAACCCCUCCAGAGCAAGUUGUUAAGGAAGAGACGGGUGUUUUUGUAACUUUGAAAAUAAAUAAAACAUUUCCGACACCAUGCGACAGGGAAAUGUGGCUUUUUACCCUGCAGAAAGAUUUUCCGCAAACUUUUUAUAACAACGAUACAACUAAGUUUAGUUGUAAUUGGCCUUAUGUUGUACGUAGAAUUCCAAAAACUAACCUACUAUUUUUGGCUAUUAAUGGAAAAUGUGCCAUGACCACCACAAAUACGUCUACGUAUAUGCCGGAGCCUACAAAAAUUACUUAUUACCACAAAAACAAUAAGAUAUCUUUGCCCUGCUAUAUUGCAACAAUGAAUAACUAUACGAGGAGUCCAUAUAUGAAUUGUUACAAUCGAGAUAUCCAGGAGGAUGAGCUAAACUCAAGAAAUAAAUCCUUUUGUGGCCAUACAUGGAAGUAAUUGUUCUAGCAUCUCAAGUAUAUGUAUAGCCAAGCUAAAAACAUAGAGUAAUCUAGUGCUUGUUUGAGAAAUCUAUUAAAUGUACAAUUUAAACUGUUUACAAUAAAUUUAAUUUUCUU